AUGCAAUUUACACUUAACUACAUCCAGAACAAACCCGCUGCAAUCGACGGAGCCGUCACCCAAAUUAAGGCGCAGCUUGAAGAGCUUAGGGAGAAGUUGAAGAAUGAGAACGGCGAUAAAGAUGAUGUAAUUGAAAGGUUGACAGAUUUGAAAGAGAAAGGUCUUGUGAAUGGUGACUGGCCAGUCAACGGUCAAACUCUCAGUGGCCUUGGGAAAAUCCAGGAGGACCUUAAAGAGCAGAAUGAGCAAUUGGGCAAGCAAACCAAAAUUAUUGGAGAUAACAUGACCAUACUCGUAAGAAAAAUUAAGUUGGAACUUGCAAAGAUCGGAUACAAGUUGGAAAACCUAAACACCGAGGAGGACGUUAUGGACAAUUUAAAAAAGCUAAAAGAAAAGAUUGGCCAAGGUGUGUUGCAAGGCACCAAGGGCAGUGAUGUCAUUACCACACUGAAUGAUUUGAAGAACGGUGGACUAAGUGGAGAUAAGUGGGAUAAACAUAAUAAAAAUAAAAGCCUCAAAAACAUCGAAAGUGAACUUAACACUCAACAAACUACGUUGAACGGCCAACCGAAGAACAUAGAGGAUGGCGUCCAGUCAAUCACCGGUGAGCUUGAAAGGCUUAGAGUAACUUUGAACACUGACGUCACUAAAAAGUUACAGAAGCUGAAAGAGCAUGGCCUUAAUGAAGGCAAAGAAUCGUGGACACAUGAAGGUAAUCCAGACAAAGGCCUCACUAAAAUCACCGCAGACAUCGCGACCAUAAAAACAGAGAACGUCGACCAAGUGAAGGAGAAACUCAAGGAGCUGUGCACGGCGAUACGGACGGAAGCCAACGAGUUAAGCAGAGACUUAAAGCGUAUGAAAAGUGACAGCCUUGAUGAGUUGACUGGGAUAAAAGAGAAUCUCCGUAAGCUUCAAAUCCGUCUGGAACGCGGGCCAAUCAAGGCCUGCAAGGAGUUCAUUGACAGGGAGGCCGACAAGUUCGGAAGGGAAUGCAUUGCGUUCCUCACAGCGUUCGUGAACGGCCAAGUGGACACCGCAAUCGAGGACCUAACAGCCUUCGCCAGGCAGCAAUGUGCCUCCAACAUCAAGGAGCUUUUGAAGUUGUUCGCCCACAAGGUGGAAGAAGAAUUGAAUCCCUUGCCUCCGUUAAUAAACGGGGAUCUGCAGAUAGGCGAAAAAGGCGUGAACAUUAAUAGGCUCAAAGACGUGAAAAGCAGAGAGCUUCAAGCAUUGUCCUCCGCGUUCCAGAAUUUCUUCGCGCCGCUAGACGAGCAUCUCCGUGAGGAGAUUGAGAGGGUAAAGAAGCAGAGUGACGACGAGAAAAAUCCCUCACUCCCCAAGUCAGAAGAGCCCUACGCCGCCGAGUGGGACGCCGUGCACAGCGAUGUCAACGCCCUGCUCAAUUACCUCUGCGUGACACAGGGCUUCGACCACAGACUCACGGAGCUGCUCCGCAACCUCACCGACGCGUUGAGUGAACUCAAGCCUGAGAGCUUCGCCAGGCCCUCAAGUCCCCUGCUGGACGGUCUGGCGGAGGGGCUCACAAAGUUCGUCGCCGAGUUCACGUGUGCGUACGUCUCCGCCUACUCGGGCGCACAGUUCACCGCCGACUUGCUCAAACAUGAGACCCUCACCGAGACCGUAAGAUCGCAAGGCACAAAGUCCGUCACCGUCAGAAACGUCAGCAGCCUGACGCCAUACGGCGCCAUGUGCGCCAAGGUCUUCCUCACCCUGCUGCCGACACUGUGCGAUGCCUUCACCAGGCUGGCGGAGCAGUGCGGCAAAGGCGGCAAGUGGAGGGAUCUGAGCAUUAAUUCAAGCAGUGAACUCGGCACUUUCCUCCAGCGCUCCGGCUACAAGGUCUCCACCUCUCCCUUUGACCAGGACGGCGAGCUGCGCGACGAGUGCAACGGCCGCGACGUGUAUGUCCUGGUCACCCAGAACAUUAAGGAGACCCAUGACAACGAACACCUCAAAAAAUGCCUCUCCUCAAAUGCCUCUGCACGCACCUCACUGAGUACUACAGGACGUGCCACCUCAAGGUGCAUCCCUCACCCCGGCCGCCGUAGUGUCUACGAGAUGCUGACAUGGUGCUGCGGCUCCCGCACAACGCCGUGUACCUGGCCUCAACUCCGAAGCGCUGCCAUCGCUCUUCGAGGCGGACGAGCAGGACCUGCGGACUCCGACGUGCCCUUGAUGAACCUCGGCAGCUUGCGCUUAAGGGCCCACACGCAGCACAUCACUGUCGCUGGGCUUACGGACGCACUCACGGAGGUGUGCCAUAAAGCGCAUUCAGUGCUCACCACGUUACUCGGCCACGGCCACGCAGGUGGCAUAUACGCCUGCGACUUCAACACCAACCCGGCAGGCCUGCUCUACCCCGGCGACGCCGACGCUUUGCUCUGCCUGCUGUACGAUGUGCUCAAACGCCUCCACCAACAGCUGUAUCUCCUCUACCGCCGGUGCCUCUACAACGCCCGGCACGGCGGAUGGCUCGACUGCUGGUACGGCCGGGGCGUCGGAGGCUCAUCGUGGCGGUGCAACACCAUGCAGUGUGCCAACCAAAUAUGUGACCAACAGUGCAACCAAACACACAACCAAAUAUGUAACCAACGCUGUGACCAACACCCUAAGUGCGGCCUUAAGUCGCCGCUCCAGUCGUUCCUCGAGGACGGCCUGGUGGGAUUCCUGCCGCAUAACCUGUCCCCCAAGGACACCUGUGUCUCAUGCUCCGGCUGUGACACCAAGUCACCCGGCCUGCCGUGCAAGACGCCCAUGGGCCUCUCCAACAUUACCAGGCUGGCCUCCCGUGCCUCCACAGGCCGACACAUCAUGGACGUCCUCGGCGCCUUCUGCGGCGGCGCAUCGUCGCCCCUCACCAGGCUGUGCGGCUUCCUGAAUUGCCUCCUCACUCGCCCGCCCCGGACGCCAGACGACCUGUUCGCCUUCUACUUCAACUUCAUAUCUGAGUGGCAUACCAGCGGCGAGCACCGUAAGGCGGCCUUCGAGGGCGCCGUCGGCACUGCGUGCUUCUGGCAGCGGGGCGUGACACUGGACGUCAGUAGAGUCUUCCGCACCAGCGACCAUGGCACUGCCACAAAUAUGCCGCACCUCACCGGAGAUCUCUUCUCACUCGUACAGUGCAACGGCACUCCAGGCUCCGCUCCGUCACACCCCUGCGGCCCCUACCUCAAGCCACUCGGCCACGACGUACGCGCCACCUUCGCCAAGGAGCACGCCCACCUCUACCUCUCCUGGGUGGUGUACCUGACCGAGACCUUUUACGACAUCCUCUGUGCACUGCUCCAGGACUGCGAGCGCACCUGCGCCGACGCCACGUCCAACUGCCACGCCAACAGCUGCGCCGACCACUGCCCAGCCAAGCGUCUUCCCAUGGCCCCGAGCUCCAAUCACACUGCCGACUGCCUCUCCAUCGCGGACUGCGACUGUACCACGCCCACACUCUUUCGGUACGGCUUCGUGCACAGGGACGUCCACAGCCUCGCCGGCUCCACCAGCGGCCACCCAGCCAAGCGGACCUGCCAGGAUCUCUGCACAGCACUGCAAGUCGCCGUCAAGCAGAUGAACCCUCUCCACAGGCUGGCGCACGAGACCAUCCCCGAGUACCUAUAUCGCAUCCCUGACCUAGGAUGUAACCUAGCACCUAACUCACCUACUAGCCUAGUGUCUCCCCUGCAACGUCGUUGCUGUGUUACCUUGCCCCUUGCCUGCCGCCUUGGUCACCCGCCUCAUCGGCCGGCUGCCUCCAUCCCAGGUCUGUCGGUGUAUCAUGAUGUACAUGAGGUGGCAGUGAUUUGUGAUCACAUUGGUGCCAUUACCUCCGCUAAAUACACUCUUCUCCAACAAGUUACCAAGCUAGGUACCUGGAUCACCGACGCGGAGAGGAUCCGUGCGGCCGCCGAGGAUAAGGCUAGGGAAGCAUAUGACAAGUUGAAGGUUAAUGAGACUCUGGAUGAGAAUGUGAAGAAGAUUGUUAAAGCCAAGGGGGAGAUUGAAAAAGUUCAUAAAAGCCUUGGCACUCAUCUUGGGAGUUUGAAUAGUUGGAAUCAGCAGGCCAAGGAUGUGCUUCAAGGGGCGAUUGACAAUGCCCGGUAUGUAUAUGAUAGGUUGGAAGAUAAGAGCAGUACACAUCAAAUUGGUAUACAACUUGGUGAAAUUCAUAAAAAUAAUGAGUCAAUUAAACAGGCAAAUAAGGAUCUUAAAUCUGAAGUUACGGCUUUAGGUAAGUGGAGGGCUGCGGCCCAGAAUGUUAUUACCAAGGCGGAGGGGAAGUGUGAUGAGAUACUUAAGAAAGUUAAGACCGCAGAUAAAAGUGGUCAAAAAGGUCCGAUUUAUGAGCAAGCUGAAACGUUGAAAGAGCAGGGUAAUACACUUUUUAAUGCUGCUAAGUCGGCCAAGACAGCUGUUGAGUCUCAGGUCUCUGAGGCCUUGCAGGCCGUUGCCACCAUGGACGAAAGUCUAAAGAAGGAUUUGAAGACUGUGAAAAACGAAAUUAUGAAGGGGGUAAAGAAAGUUAUUGAGGAGCUGAAAGUUAAUGAUUUGGAUAAAAAGGUGAAAGAUGAUUUGAAGACGUUGAGGAGGAAGAUUAGUGAUCUUGGCAAAAAUAUACAAAGGGAUAACAGUGAUCCUCUCGUUAAAGAUGCGUUGGCAAAGCUCGCAGAAGAGAAGAAAAAUAAGUUGGAUGAUCUUACUGGCCAGGAUCCUUCUAAGUCCAUCGUGAAGCUGACGGAGGGACUUGGUGAGAAGUUUAAUAGUGCGAUCCAACAUCCGCUCAGCCAGAAGGUCCGUGAAGUUAACGAGGCGAUUGGGACGCUUGGCGGGACGUUUGAUAGCAACGGUACACUGAAGACUUUUGAUAAGAUUUUCGAUCAUAUUAAAGGACAGGUUGGGAAAAUUAAGGGGACGCCGGGGACAGAUUGGGAGAACAAAAAUGGCUCAGGCCUGCUUGGGAUAAAGAGUAAGGUGGAUUUUUAUUUUAAAGCGUUCAGCGGAAAUUGGGCGUUUAACCAAAUUGUGAAAGGCUGGUUGGAAGAUGUUUUGAAGCAUAACGGCGCUGUGAGGAUGAUGGUUGGUAGGAAAGGUUUGUAUGAUGAUGGUGAGAAGAGUAACAUGGAGAACGUCGCAAAUGCUUUUAAGGAACAGCUUAAGAUCCAAGCAGAUGCGGCUGGUGAAAAGGUUCAAAAAACAAAUGACUCUGGUGGAGAUAUUGCAAAAAGCAUUAAAGCUGUGAAACAAGGUUGCGAAACAUUCGCCGAAGCGCUUGAUGAGAAGCUGCGCAGUAAUGGGUUCAGUGGAAUAUUCGACGCGGUCAAGCGGAAGAUGCAGAAUAACAAAUUCAACGCCAACAAAUGCAUCUGCGAAAGCGUAGGCUGUACAACAUGUAACGGCGGACGGAACAGCCACGGAACCGAUUGUAAGGAAAAGGCUUUCCUCGCUGCCGUGCUCUGCACACUCGCCGCCGUGGCCCGUCAGGUUGGCAACGAACUCAAUUCAGUGUUCCUUAGUCCCGACGGUGCCAACAUCGCAUCCAUCCUGGACACUAUCACGCAGACCGCUAACAAACUUGACACGGCGCUUGGCGAUGCGACAAAAAACUCCGGCGGAGAAAGCCCCGCCCAAGCCGUGGACAGUAAGUUGGCGGUGGUGAGGAAUUUCGUGAAUGGAAAAACUGGUGAUGAAAAUAUUACGAGCAAGUUUAACAAAGAGGUCAAAGGGCCACUUAAGGCUCAAGUAGACAGACUUCCCGAUGCUGUCACCGCUUUCAACACUGAAGCUCAAACACAGGUCAAGGCUGCAGCCCAGACGGCGAUUACAGCGGCGGCUGGGCAGAUUAGUGAUAAAUCGAGUGGUCCAAUUGAGCUUGGUGGUGCAAAUAAACUCAUGGAAGGAUUCAAAACCGCGCACGAUAAUAUUCAAGAGAAUCUCGAAAAGAACCUCAAAGGCAAAGUGGACGCUGAGUUGCCGGAUGAUAAGCCGGUUGGAUCGACUGGCACAGUUGUUCAACCAGAUAAAAUCACCAUUACUAAAGAUAAUUUUAAGGAUUACAAUUCGCACGUUGAGCAAGAUAGCAUCAAGGGCUAUGAGACCAAUAAUCCAGAUACCCUAAAAGGCCAACUUCCCGAGAAGAUCAAGAGCAUUAGCAAGGAGGGUCUGAAAAGUCUCACUGAUGUCAUCGAUGAUAAAGUUCAGGGCGAUCAGAAAAUUGACAAUACAACCUUCGAAAAUCCAGUCAAAGCAAUAAGUAAGGAUCUUGAUGAAAUCGCCUGGCUUGUUGAUAGGAGUCGGGGCAAGGCGCCGUCGCUGCCCCAACCACAACCAAAAGAUGAAGAUGGCAUCAAGGAUCACUUGACAAAAUUGAAAAACGCUCUUGAGCAGACAGGAUUUAAUGGCGUAGAUAAACAAGGCCUUGACGCAACUAAAACGGCGAUUGAAGGUCUGCACAACGGCAAGUUUAAAGACCAACCCGAAGCAAUCGAGAAAGCCGUCCAAGAAAUUAGGACUCAGCUUAAUGAGCUUAGAGGGAAGUUGAAGAAUGAAAAUGGCGAGGAUGUAAUGAAAACUCUGGAAGAGUUGCAGACCAAGGGUCUCGAAAAAAAUUCUUGGGAACCGAAUGGUAAAGGUCAAUCUUUCAGUGGUCUUGGGAAAAUCGAGAGUGACCUCAGCACAGAAAUUCAAAAGUUGAAGCCGGAAACUGAAAAAAUAAAAAAUGCAAUCAUUGACAUUAACUGGGAACUUGGUAAAAUUGGUUUUAGUUUGCAAGGUUUAUUCACUACUAACGAUGUAAUAGACAAAUUAGUAUGGUUGGGGAACAAGAUCGGCAAAAGUGGAAUAAAGGCCAAAGAUAAUCUCCAUGACAUUUACGAUAAAAUAAAGCAGUUGCAAAAAGAGCAAUUUACAGAUAAUCCCACAACCAUCGAAAACGCCAAGCAACAAAUUGUAAAUGAACUCAAUAGGCUUCAGACGGAGUUGCAAGACGCCAAGGGCAACGAUGUUAUUGCAACACUGAACGAUUUGAAGGGCGUUGGACUAAGUGGUGAUAAGUGGGAUAAAAAUGCAGCUGGAAAAAAUAAAAGCCUUAAAAAUAUCGAAGAUGAACUUGGACGUCAACAAAAAACGUUGAAUGACCAACCGCCUCAAAUCACUGCCGGCGUCCAAGACAUCACCGGUGAGCUUACAAGGCUUAGAAAUGAGGUCUUGCAAAAAGAGGUUAUUAACAAAUUAAAUACAUUAAAAACUGAUGGCCUUGGCAGCAAACAAAAUUGGGAUAUUGACGAACAUUCUGCAAAAGGCCUCACUACAAUCACCGCAGACAUCGAGGCCAUAAAGUCCAAGGACGUCGACCAAGUGAAGGAGAAACUCAAGGAGCUGUGCACAGAAAUUCGGCACAUUGCAAAGGACGCCGCGUUCACCUUGAAGGAAGUGAAAGAGAAGAGCCUUAAUGAGCUUACGAAAAUAAAAGACAAAUUUAGUGAUCUGCUGAGCGAGCAGGUGAGGGGUGUGAUAAGAGAGCUUAAAGGCUUUCUAAAAUUCCUCGACAACGGCAAGGCGCAACUCAUCAAAUACCUCACACAAUUCGUCGACAAGGAAAUCAAGGAAGCCGAAGAGAUAUUGAUCAAAGAGGUACGCCGGCAAUGUGUCUCCAACAUCAAGGAGGCGCUGGAGGCGUUCGCCCGGAAGGUGGAAGAGGAGCUGCGGGAGUUACCGUGGGAGAUCGACAGUGACCUGAGACUGGAGUACAAGGGCCUGAUGGCCCGAGUGGAGGACGGCUUGGAAAAUGACCUCAACGUACAGAAACUCAAGGAGUCAAAAAGCCUCCCACCGCUGUCCUCCGCUUUCAUGCGUUUCUACUCGUCACUCGAGGACCACGUGGACAGGGAGAUAAAUCGGUUCCACGACGAGGAGCAGAGGAAGAAAAAUCUUAAGCGGCAGGACACACAGGAGUAUUCCACUAGGCUCUCCGUGGUAAACGAGGCGUUCCACACAGUGCUCACGUACCUCAAGGACAACGAUAUCUUCGACCACAGACUCCUAGCGCUGCUCCGCAGCCUCACCGACGCGCUGAGUCACCUCAAGCCGGAGAGCUUCGCCAGGCCCUCAACUCCCCUGCUGGACGGCCUGGUGGAGGGGCUCACAAAGUUCGCCGCCGAGUUCACAUGUGCGUACGUCUCCGCCUACGCCGGGCAGACGUUCACCGCUGCUUUGGUAGAAAAUGAGACUUUAACUGAGACCGUAAGAUCCCAAGGCACAAAGUCCGUCACCGCCAAAAACGUUACCAAGCUGACGCCAUACGGUGCCAUGUGCGCGAAAGUCUUUCUCACCAUGGUGCCCACACUCUGCGACGCCUUCACCAGGCUGGCGGAGCAGUGCGGCAAAGACGGCAGGUGGAGGGAUUUGCAGAUUGAUUCAAGCAGUAAACUCGGCGCUUUCCUCCAACGCUGCGGCUACAAGGUCUCCACCUCCGCCACCCUGCAGGACGGCGAGCUGCGCGACGACUGCAACGGCCACGACGUGUAUGUCCUGGUCAGCCAGAAGAUUGAGGAGACAGAGGACAACGCACACCUCAAAAAAUGCCUCUCCCUCCAACACGGCUGUAAUCUCUUAGAGCUCCUCAAAUGCCUCUGCACGCACCUCCAGCAGUACUACAGGACGUGCCACCUCAAGGUGCAUCCCUCACCCCGGCCGCCGUGCAGUGUCUACGAGAUGCUGACAUGGUGCUGCGGGCUCCCGUACAAUUCAGUGUACCUGGGCGUCACCCAUGAAGCACUGCCGUCGCUGUUCGAGGCGGACGAGCAAAGCUCCAGGGACUCCGAAGUGGCCCUCACUGACCUCAGCAGCCUGGCGCUUAAGGCCCACCCGCAGCACAUCACUCUCACUUCCCUCACCGACGCACUCACGGACGUCUGCCACACGUCGCAUUCAGUGCUCACCACGUUGCUCGGCUACGGUUAUGCCGGAGGCAUAUACGCCGUCGACUUCAACACCAACCCGGCAGGCCUGCUGUAUCCCUGCGACGCCGACGCUUUGCUCUGCCUGCUCUUCGACGUCCUCAGACGCCUCCACCACCAGCUCUAUUUCCUCUACCGCCGGUGCCUCUACAACGCCCGGCACGGCGGAUGGCUCGACUGCUGGUACGGCCGGGACGUCGGUGGCUCCAGUUGGAAGUGCAACACCAUGCAGUGUGCCAACCAGCAGUGUCCUCAUGAGGCCAGCCAAACAGGCGAGCAAACACACAACCAAACAUGUAACCAAAACUGCGACCAACACCCUAAGUGCGGUGUGAAAUCGCCACUUCAAUCAUUCCUCGAGGACGGCCUUGUGGGCUUCCUGCCGCAUGACGUGUCGGCAGAUGGCACCUGUGUCACGUGCUCCGGCUGUGACACCAAGUCACCCGGCCUGCCGUGCAAGACGCCGAUGGGCCUCACCAAUAUUACCAGGCUGGCCUCCCGUGCGCUCUCAGGCCGACACAUCAUGGACGUCCUCGGCGCCUUCUGCGGCGGCAAGUCAUCCCCCCUCACCAGGCUGUGCAGCUACCUGGAAUGCCUCUUCACCCGCCCGCCACGGACGCCAGACGAGCUGUUCGCCUUUUACUACAACUUCAUAUGUGAGUGGAGCGGCAGCGGCGAGCACCGGAGGGAGGCCUUCGAUGACGCCGUCGGCGACGCGUGCUUCUGGCAGCGGGGCGUCACACUGGACGUCAGUACAAUCUUCGGCACCAGUGACCAUGGCUCCGUCACCAACAUCCCUCACCUCACCGGAGAUCUCUUCUCACUCGUCGAGUGCAACGGCAGUCCAGGCUCCGCUCCGUCACUCCCCUGCGGCCCAUACCUCAAGCCCCUCGGCCACGACGUACGCGCCACCUUCGCCAGGGAACACGCCCACCUCUACCUCUCGUGGAUAGUGUACCUGACGGAGACUUUCUACGACUUCCUCUGUGCACUGCUCCAGGACUGCGAGCGGAACUGCGCCGACGCCACAUCCAACUGCCACGCCAGGAGCUGCGACAAUGACUGCACAGCCAAGCGACGGCCACUGGCCCCGAGCUCCAAUCACACUGCCGACUGCCCCUCCAUCGUGGACUGCGACUCCACCACGCCCACACUCUUCCAGUACGGCUUCGUGCUCAAAGACGUCCACAGCCUCGCCGGAUCCACCAGCGGCCACCAGUCCAAGCGGACCUGCGACGAUUUCUGCAUGGCCCUCCAAGUCGCUGUCAAGCAGAUGAACCCUCUCCACAGGCUGGCCCACGACACCAUCCCCGAGUUCCUCUAUCGCAUCCGUGCCCCCUUCCUCUACACUGCACUCACACUCUGGCUCACCGCCACGCUCUACAUCCUCCACUCACUCCUCUACCGCAUGGACGUCUUACGCAUCCGCUCACACCUCCUCACCACCAGGGCCUCACACCUCAUCGACGUCAAGGCUUUGCUCGCCGGCAGCCGCAGGAUGCUCUCGCUCUACAAGGACCCGACUGCCGUCGUUCCAGGUCUCGCGGUGGAUCAUGGUGGACCUAAGGGGGCAGUGAUUUGCUAUCACAUUGGUGCAAUUGACACCCCUAAUAACAUUCUUCUCCAACAAGUUACCAAGCUAGGUACCUGGAUCACCUCGGCGGAGGACAUCCGUCAGGCUGCCGAGGACAAGGCCAAGGAGGCGUAUGAGAAGUUGGACGUUAAUGAGACUCUGGAUGAGAAUGUUAAGAAGAUUGUUGACGCCAAUAAGGUAAUUAAAGGGGUACAUGAGAAGCUGAAUGGUGUCCACGGCAAUUUGGGAGCGUGGAAGACUCAGGCCGGGAAAGUGCUUCAAGGGGCGAUUGGAAAUGCGGAAGAAGUAUAUAACAAGUUGCAAGAUGAUCAGACUGUAAUGACAAAAAUUGGUGAAAUUGAUAGCGCUAGAAAGCAAAUUGAGAAGGCAAAUUCAGAGCUUGGAAAGGAAGUUGACAAUAUAGGUAAGUGGAAGUCUGCCGCCCAGGGUGUCAUUGCCAAGGCGGAAGAGAAGUGUGAGGAGAUAUUGGGGAAAGUUAAGACAGAUAAAGGUUCUCCAGGUCCGAUUUAUACGCAAGCUGAAACAUUAAAAGCAACAGGAAUAAAACUUUUGGAUGCGGCGACUAAGGCUAAAAAGUCUGUUGAGGAUAAUGUAAACUCUGCGUUGGAGGCUGUUGUGAGGAUGGACCAAAGCCUUAAGAUGGAUUUGAAGAGUGUUAAGGAUAAGAUUAAAGGAGGGAUAGACGGUGUGAUAAAGACGUUGGAAGUUAAUGAAUUGGAUAAGAAAGUGAUGAAGGAUUUGGGGACGUUGAGGGAGAAUAUUGGAAAGCUUAAAGAUGGUAUAGAUACUGAGCCUAUUAAAAACAUUCUUGUUAGCGGUGCAUUGUCUAACCUUAAAGAACAAAAAACAAAACUUGAUGCACUUGCUGGUAAGGAUGGCAAAAUAGAACAGGAGACUAACAAUCUUGAACGGCAUUUUAAGACGCACAUCCAGAGUAAGCUUCAAACUGCGGUCAGUGAAGUUGACUCGGCGAUUGAGGCGCUUGGCGGGAAGUUUCCUAAUGGUGGCAAGUUGGAUAGUAUUGAACAGAUUUUCAAGCAUAUAAAAGAAAAGGUUGGGGAAAUUAAGGGGAGUGAAAGAGACCAAAAAGGUCUGGAUGGAAUUGUUGCGAAAGUGAAGGCGCUUGCUAACGCGUUCGUUAAAGGUAGUGGUAGCAAUUCCGGGUUUGAUGCUAGAGUAGGCGGAUGGCUUGAGGGCAUUUUGGGUAUGGGUAGAAAUAACCAAGGUAAGGGCAUGAAAGCCGUGACGACUUGGAUUGGUACGUAUAAUCGCAAUCUUAGUGCCGUUGGGAGGAAUGAAGGAGAUCUUAAAGUUCAAGUGAAGAACAACAUUAUGCCUCAACUUAACAGCCAAAUCGCGGAAGCGCAGAAGCAGAUUGCAAAAGUUGUAGAUGGGAAAGUUGUCGACAAUCUCACUGCCAUCGUAAGCGCUUGUAACACAUUUGUCGACAAGCUUGACGCCGAACUGACGAAUGACAAAAUUGAUCACCUUGCCAAUAAGAUAGUCCCAAGCAUUAAGGGUUGGAUGAAUGGGCAGAAUGUUCGGAAUUUUGCUGACGACCAGGCUCUCCGGUCAGCCGUCAAAUACAGCCUCGUUGCGCUCUGCGGCGGUGUGAAGCAGGUGGCCACGGAGAUAAAGUCAUUAGGUACCGGCAGAUUCGGCGAAAUUUUGGACAAAAUCAAGCCGACGGUUGAUGAGCUUUACAAUAAUCUUACCGAGGCGACUAAAACUGGCAAACCACCCGAUCCCGCAGAUGGCACAGCCCAAGCCGUGGACAAGAAGUUGGCGGACGUGAACACUUUUGUGAAUGGAAAGAAUGGUGAUGAUAACAUUACCAGCAAGUUUAAAAGUAAUGUAAUACAUGGACUUCAACAGAAAGUUCAAAAACUUCCCACCGCCGUUAACAAGUUCGACACUGAAGCUCAAGCGCAGAUCAGGAAUGCGGCCCAGAAGGCUAUUAAGCAGGCGGCUGGGAAGAUUAGUGAGGACGGUGAUAUAACGCUUGGUCCUGAUCUCAUGAAAGAUUUCGAAGAAGCCCACGGAAGAUAA